AUGCUCCAGCGCAUAUUGCGGAAGCUCCGCCCGACUGACGUGGCGGCGGACGCGCUCCGGGUGGUGCUCGCCACGUGUCUGUGGGUGGCGAUUAAGGGCCAGGAGAGCCAAGACGCGGUGCCGCGAGCCAGCCAACUGGCAGCUGUAGCGCGAAUCACGGCGGAUUCACUGGUGGGGAUGGAGAUCCAGGUGCUGAAAUUGCUGGACUGGCGACCACUAGAAGGCUUCCACGUGGAUGGAGGAGAGGAGUAA